AUGACUGGAUCUGCGGGCGUCCCUUAUAGGAUUAAAUGGUCACUAACAUUAUCAUCGGUAGACUCUGGUAUCAUAGCGUCCUCGAUCUCGCAGGUCGAUUUUGUCGAACGUUUUGGCGGUGAAACUCUCGCGGAUGAUGUUGCUGGUGGUAUCGUCUCAUCGUUCACCGGAGGUGCCAUAAUUGGAUCCUUGAUCCUCACCCAGAUGUCUGAUCGGUAUGGAAGACGUGCAGCUAUCUUCCUAGGCUCCCUUCUGGCCAUACUCGGCGGUGCUUUGCAAGGAGGAGCGGACCAUGUUGCCACAGUCAUUGUUGGACGGGUGAUCGCUGGUCUCGCAAUUGGAUUGCUAUCGGCCACCGUACCCAACUAUUGCUCUGAAGUAGCACAUCCGAAGAUACGGGCCUUGCUGGCCGGUAUGCAACAGUGGCAAAUCGGGCUGGGGUUUGUUUGUGCUCAAUGGAUGGGUUAUGGUUGUUCAUUGGUGGACGGGCCAUUGAGCUGGAGGCUUCCAUUGGCUUUCCAAGUGGUGCCGGCAUUGAUACUCGCGUUGGGGACAUGGUUUCUUCCCGAAAGUCCUCGGUACCUGGCUGAACGCGGAGACGAGACUGCCGCACGUGCGACACUGCAAAGGUUGCACUCCAAUCAAGAGGUCGUGGAAAGCGAGUAUGCCUUCAUUCAACAGAUGCUUGAGAUUGAGCGGCGGUCUAGCAUCGGCUGGCGUGACAUGUUUCGACAGCCCUCUUCUCGCAAGCGGCUCUUGAUAGCGUGCAGCAUACAGCUCUUCACCCAGACGAGUGGCAUCAAUGUUAUCAAUUACUACGGUCCCCGCAUCUACAGGUAUUUGGACUUCUCAACGACAAGAUCUCUCUUCAUCAUCGGCAUAUACGGUGCUCUCGCUCAACUGUACAACACAAUAUGUAUCGCUUUCGUGGAUCGGGUCGGCAGGAGGAAAUUAUUGAUCCCUUCAAUGAUUGGAAUGGGGGCGGCACUCUGCGUCAAUGCUACACUGGCGCACUUCUUCAUAGACGAGUCCGCGGGACCUGGAGAUCGCAACUCUAACGCUCUGCGGGCGAGCGUUGCGAUGAAUUUUGUGUUCUCGCCGAGUGUGCCUCUCGGUGCCGUUGGCAACUGCUCCUACGCAGCUAACCUUGACACCAACAGUGUCGGAUGCAUCAGUUGGAUAUUGUGCGCCGAGUUGUUUCCAACCGCGAUUCGGGCAAAAGGAACCUCUUUGUCGACAUUUACAAAUUGGGCGUCGAAUUUGGUUGUCGCGCAAUGCUCGCCAAUUGCGCUCUCAAAGAUGGGCUAUCGGUACUUCUACGUCUUCAUGGCUUUCAACUGGGCAGCGGCUGCAGUGGUGUACCUCUACUAUCCGGAGACACAAGGCUACACGUUGGAAAAAGUUAACGAAAUAUUCGACGACAUUGAUCUGGGUCCGUCCAAUUCAUAUACGAAUGGCGGUGUAACAACAACGACCAAACCGACCGAGAAAGUCCACCCUGCGAAGGAGGUGAUUAGCACCGUCAGUGGAUUGUAUUCCACAGGAAAGGCGGAGGGCAUUCGGGGCGCGGAGACUUGA